AUCCUAGCCCUCUUUCGCUCCACCCCUUCUCUGGACUUCUCUAAUAUGCCGUGCCUCCGUUCUCAAUCGGAAACCGACUCUCCGCCUCAUCUCCAUUUCAAGCCCCAAACUGACUCUCACUCCCUCAUCAAUCCCUCUUCUCCUCCUCCUCCUCCUCCGACCUCAUCGCUGACUGUCUCCCUCCUCCUCCGGCCUCUCGUCCCUGACGGUCUCAUCUCCAUCUCGCCAUCGCCAUCGCCGUCUCCAAGGACAUUCAGUAGAAGAUCACCGACAGCGAUGUCGAGAGCCCAUCCAAGUGAAAAACGGUCUUGACUGAGCUUCGCCAGAGUUCGUGGUUUCAUGAAGAUCUUUGAGUAUUCCUUUGCCAAAUUGAUCCCUGACCAACUGUUCUCAUCUCCUUUUCUACAGUAGAGUAGAGCCGACUUGGGAGCCUCUCCAACCGUUGUUGAAAGCUCACCGUCCUCUAGAUCCUGAUAAGCCGGCCCGUAACAGCCCUCAUCCUUUUUCCCCUUGCAUUUCUGAUCUCUCUAUUCUCCCAUUCAUGGCAGCACAUUUCUCUCUAAUUUCUCCGGCGAUGAUUCCUUUCCUUCCUAAUUUCCCUUUGCAUCUCCUCACGAGCACAUCAUCUCUCUUUUGGUUUGGUGCUGUGUCAACCAUCUUUCCAACAUCAUGGCAUCAUCGGUCUUUCUUUUAGGAGCAUAGCUUGCACAUUCUCAUCGUAUGAUGAAAUGCCUGACUAAUUUUCUUUUCGGCAAUAAUGGAUUGUGGCUCUUGCCUCUUGUAUUGCUUCUGCUGCUUGUCAUUCUCAUACAAAUAAUGAGAAUGGAGUACAUCAUAGUGUAGAUGGUUCUCUGGAGGUAGAUCAAAUAAAAUUUGCUCAAGAAAAUCUUUUGCCCUGCAGUCCUGCAGAUAUAUUGGAUGUUCUAGGAAUUAUUAUCGAGAGAAGUAAACAACAUUUCAAUCCUAACUCUCGUCUUAAAGGUCUCUGAUAUAUCUAAUAAGAUGUUGGUGUUAUUUAUGUUGAAAUAAUCACUGUUGCCUCUCACAUAGAGAAACUGAUAUCUAGUCUUUAAUAUGUGAUCGUGUUCAGUUUGUGAGCAGGUUUUAAAAGCUUCCUUGCCCCUGAAAAGCGUUACUGAGAAUUUACCGACCAUUCUGGUAUGCAUUUUGUAUAGAACUGAAGUAGCCAAUAUCUGCUUUCAUACAAGACUUCUUAAAACCUAGGUUUUGUCCUUUCCCAGCUGAAAAUAUUUUGCUAUCAAUCUAAUCUUCUGGAUAAUGACUGCUAUAUCAAGCUAGCUAUUUUUUUUUUAGAUAUAUUCACAAUCAUAAUUUCCAGGCAUUAGUCCAUCUAGAUGCAUUCCUCAAAUAUGGAUUGUUGCCCUCGGUGUGCAUUAUUCCAUCACAUCUCAAACAAUUUUCCACCACAUGUAAUUUGAUUCUUAAAAGAGGCCACCUGAGUUAAAAUGGGAGAACAUUUGCCUUUAAUUUCUAAGUUGGCUUGCUCUUGUUCUUACGAUAAAUUGUUUGAAUAAACACUAUUUGGAAUUGGUAUGAAGGGGACUUCUUCGGCAUUCUUGGCCUUAAGGAGAGGUUUUCUGAUAACCAUGUUCUGCUUCCACAUCUUGUCCUUGUUUUAGCACAUCACUAAUUGUCAUUCUCUUAAAAAUGUUUUAGCAAGAAUUUCCACAAUUUAUGUCCCAUUUUUACAAAUAAAUUUUCAAAAGCUUUGAUUAUUCAAUUUUUUAUGUCUGUGUCACUAGUGAAAGAUAGAUGUGGAGUAUGUCUCCAGGCAGUAGAAUUUUCAUGUCAUGUAUACUGUAUUAAAAACCUGGAACAUGGAGCAGAGGUAGAUACCAGCUUCGGGUUAUGUGGGUAUCCCUUUUUGUAUGAAGAUGGAAUGAUGCUUGGCUUCUUGUUAAAAUCUGGUAGCAGUUAGCUAGAUUGACAGUUUACCUUUUAGAUUAGAAGUGAAGAUAAAAAGAAAUGGCUUUGAUUCACUUGAGACCCAGCCACAACAAUUUUCUGUACUGCAAAAUUUACUCCACCUUUGCAGGGGAACAAUGUGAGAUUAGAGCAUUUUGAGGCUGCAAAAUCUCUUCCGUCCACAUUCAGCAAAUUAUUGCAAGUCCUUAAUAGCGAUUCCAUUUUAAGGGCCAUGGAAAAUUAUUCAAACUUUGUCAGAGAUGCUCACACGGAGAAAGAGCAGAAAAAUACAAGUGAUGUGCUACAAAAUCUGAGGCGCCUUCUUGACAGUCCUCCCUCUCUUAGCGUGUCUGUGUCUCCUGAGGUCCAAAAUUCUCGGAAUGAUCUGUCGAAGCCAGACUCAUCUUAUCCUGUAACAGGAAUGCAGCUGCCCAAUACUAAUCUUGCUACAGACGGGAUUGACUGGAACAUUUUGGUAGACGAUACCCAGAUCGAUUGGGAGAUUGGUGCUGUGGAACAAUCCGAAGAAUCUGGCAGUGGUUUUGGUUCUUAUGAAAUAAUUGAUUCUAAUAAUAUAGAUUUAUUGGGUCUGAAAAUGGUAAUGGCGUGGCAGCUUAUCAGAUGUCAUGAAACAGAAUAGACGGUGUGGCCCCUGGAUCUUCUGAGUCAGAAAUAUGUUGGGAUAUCAGCAUUGAAAAUCCUCAAGUGGAUGCAUUUGAGUCAGAAAUAUGAUCCAGAGUAUCCUCUAUAAA